GAAUUCGCAAUCGUUUUUGAAUUUGGUUAUUAUUUGACUGUUUUACGAAGAAAAGAACACAAGAAAUCCAACGAAGAUCCUAAACAACUAGUUCCCACAAAGGAAAGCCACCACUUGACACAGUUCACGCUCUCACUUUCUCUCUUUGCAGCAUCACUAUGAGCACGCAAAUCACAAGCCCAGUGAUGAAAGAAGAAGAAGAAAAAGAGGAAGGAACAAACGAAGUGGUUCAAGAAGAAGAAGAAGAAGCAUCUCACCCUUACGCCUUUCAUGUUUCUGGUCCUCGCAAUUUGACCACCCUCAACUGGAGAGACCUUAUCAGUUCUAGCUGGAAGGAUGCAAAUUACAAAAGAACUGUCAUUGCUUGCUUCAUACAGGCAGUUUACCUUCUUGAACUUGACAGACAGGAGAAUCGAUCGCAAGAAAGUGCUCUAGCUCCAAAUUGGUGGAUUCCCUUCAAGUACAAGCUCACACAAACAUUGAUUGAUGAAAGAGAUGGAUCCAUAUUUGGUGCAAUACUUGAAUGGGACAGAUCUGCAGCAAUGGCUGACUUAGUACUAAUAAGACCAAGUGGUGCCCCCAAAGCUGUUCUAGCACUAAGGGGAACAUUACUUAAAAGCCCUACGAUGCGAAGAGACAUCGAAGACGACCUUCGCUUCCUUGCCUGGGAAAGCCUGAAGGGUUCUGUCAGAUUCAAAGUAGCAUUGGAGGUUCUAAAAUCGGUCUCCGAAAUGUAUGGAAGCAGCAGUGUUUGUGUUGCUGGUCAUUCAUUGGGAGCAGGUUUUGCUCUUCAAGUGGGAAAGGCACUAGCAAAAGAAGGCAUUUAUGUGGAGACACAUUUGUUCAAUCCACCUUCAGUUUCACUGGCCAUGAGUCUCAGAAACAUUGGAGAAAAGGCUGAGUUGGUUUGGAAGAGGCUUAAGUCUAUGCUCCCUUCUUCACAAGAAGCUCAAGUUGGCAAUGAUGGUGACAAGAAUUUGAGCUUAGGACUUAAGAGUUGGAUACCAAGGUUAUCUAGCUUCAAGAAUGCUGGAUUUGGGGUGGGAAAAUGGGUUCCUCAUCUGUAUGUAAACAACAGUGACUACAUAUGUUGCUCUUACACGGAUUCCGAGUGCUCGGGAGACAAGAAUGAUGAUGCUGACAAGGAGAAUGUCGGUCCAACUAAUGGUCAAAUUGCAGCAAAAUUGUUUGUUGUGACCAAGGAAAAGCAGAAGUUCCAUGAAGCUCAUGGCUUGGAACAAUGGUGGUCUAGUGAUGCACAGCUUCAGCAGGCUAUUCAUAGCAAACUCAUAAGCAGACAGCUUAAAUCAUUGUAUACAACAGGUGGUACUUCUUCACAAGUAAUGCAGGGAAAACCACCUAGGUAACAUUGGAUUGUUUUUCAUUCUUAUUUAUACUUUUGGUUGGGUUCAUGUCUUGUUACUUCUUUUGGUUUUCUUAUGUUUUUCUUUUAAACAAAUUGUAUCAUGUUACCUUACAAUAGAUGAGGUCAUUCUUUUAUGAUUUCAUGCUUACGGUUUCAAUCAUAUAUUUAAAUCCGU